CUUCAACCGUAGAAGUGAUACAUAUAAAGGUACCCUUGUACUGUCUUUUAGAAAUAGCCUAAUUUUUGUUAUUUCUCCAACCAUAUCGUCAAUCCGAUCGGGCCACAAUCCACCACCAUGAAACUCGAAUCCAUUACCGCGUUCCUUCUCUCCGCCGCUAUGGCAGGUGCGGUACACCACCAAUACACCUCACUACGAACGACCUCAAAAGGAGGCCAUAAGAUCCCUGCGCUGGACACGAAGCAAAGUGGUCUUGCACUUGGAGUUGGUGCGGAUCGUUGUUACACGUGUUCAUCACCUUGUUCGCAUGCAGUAUGCUGUCAUGGACGGUUUCCGCAGUGCUGCUCGGACGGAAUGUAUUGUUAUUGCUGUGAGGAUUAGCUUACAGGAGAUUCAAGCAGAAGUAAUAUCAUAUUGGCUAUUAGAAGAUAAAGGAUUAGCUUAAGUUACACAUGGAUAUGAUAUCAUCCGGGAUGAACGGUUUUAAAAUGUCGAUUAAUGCGGACAACGGAAUC